UUUUCAGGACCUCGGUUGUAUACGUUAGCAGAAUCUAGGGCUGUUUGGGAAUUUCUGUUCAUCUUUGAAUUGGAGUUCCGAUUUGACAUAGUAGUUGCGGUGGCUUGUGUGGAUGCCGACUUGAGGCGUGGAUCAUAUAAUUAAUAAAUCACUGAAGAAUCUGGGACAAUUGUUAAAGGUGGAAAAGAGCGGUGGGUGAAAAUACAGGCAAUGCAUUGGAUAUUUGCCUAUGUUAGUUGACCAGUCCAAGAAUAAGAUAGAAACUGUCCAUGAGGUAAGCCGACUUUGAAGAUAUGGCAUCAAGUAUGGACUGCAACAAAGAAGAGGCUAUCAGAGCCAAGGAAAUUGCUGAGAAGAAGAUGCACAAUAAAGAUUUUGUGGGAGCUCGGAAGAUUGCUCUCAAGGCUCAACAACUGUACCCAGAGCUAGAUAACAUCUCCCAGAUGCUUACUGUGUGUGAUGUACACUGUUCUGCUGAGAAGAAGUUCCUUCAUUCGGAGAUGGACUGGUAUGGAAUCCUUCAAGUCACUCAAACAGCUGAUGAAGCAUCCAUAAAAAAGCAGUACCGGAAACUUGCCCUUCUGCUUCAUCCCGACAAGAACAAGUUUGCUGGUGCAGAAGCUGCCUUUAAGCUGAUCGGGGAAGCACAAAGGGUGCUUACAGAUCAGCAAAAGCGAACUGUAUAUGACAUGAAAUGUAAACACUCUGUGAGAAGUGCUGCACCAAGGCAGCCACAGCAGCCGGUGAAUAGAAACAUAUUUGUCACAAAACAACCUGGGACUCAGAACAAUUUUACAAAUACUACUUCCCAACAGUUUACAGGCUUGAACAUGCACCAACAACAGCAGAACCAGAACCAGCCAUGCUUCCCUAAUGGUGAACAAACUUUCUGGACUCUUUGCCCAUUUUGUGGUAUUCGGUACCAGUAUUACAGAAAUGUUUUGAACAGGGCUCUGCGUUGUCAAAGUUGCAUCAAGCCUUUCGUUGCCUAUGACAUGGAUGCUCAGGGUCCCGCUGGAGGAGCCAACAUGGGUCAAUCUGCAUCUGCUCAACUAAAAGAGGUACCUGGUCAGGGUGCUAAAGUGGGUUCACAAGGUACUACUGGGACUCCUGGUGUAGGGUUUCAGAGAACUUUUGGCACUGGGACCCAGGAACAACAGCAUUUUCCAAAGACAGGAAGUACUUCAGAUGUUGGGGAAGAAGGCAAGCCAAGGCCCAAGAACCAAGAGAAACCUGAGGAGUUAAAACCUUCAGGGAACAUGGAUAAAAAGAGACGAAGGAAAUUAGAUGAAGAGUCCAGUGAAAGCUUUGACACUGGAAGCAGCACUGACAUGGAAGAUGAUGGUGCUCAUCCAGCUGGGCAAAACCCUGGUUUCACUGGGGGCCGUUACCCUCGGAGAUCCAGUAGGCAAAAGAAUAAUGUUACUUAUAAAGAAGACAUAAGUGAUGAUGAUGACUUCUCAAGCCCUCCAAAAAGAUCAAGGGCGAGUGGAUCAUUUCAUGCCACAGAAGAGAAGAAUAAGGAUGCUGCUGCAUCAGGAGGGUUGCCUAAAAUUCAUAGACCAUCCACUUCUGAUGCUGCUUUUCACAAUGAUGUGGAAAUAGAAAACCCUCUUGAUGAAAAUUUACCAAAUGAAAGGAAUGAAACUGAGACAUGCAAAGAAAAUGGGAAAGAAGCGGAUGUGAUGGGUGACAAUGAGGGAAGUUCCAAACUUGAUGGUGAUUCUAAAUCAAUUGAGAGCCCCAAGACCAUGGCAGAUCCCGAGUAUUAUGAUUAUCCCGAUCCAGAUUUCAGUAACUUUGACCAGUUAAGAGAGCUGGAAAAGUUUGAUGUUGACCAGAUUUGGGCUCUUUAUGAUACUUUAGAUGCCAUGCCUAGGUUCUAUGCUCGCGUUCGGAAAGUUUAUUCUCCUGGGUUCAAGAUACGGAUUACUUGGCUGGAGCCUGUUCCAGAUGAAGAAGAUGAGAUUGCUUGGGUUGAGGAGGAUUUGCCUUUUGCCAUUGGUAGUUUCAAACACGGGAAGACUGAAGAUACUCAAGAUCAGCUUAUGUUCUCUCAUGUGAUGAUGUAUGAGACAGGCAACCGUAGGGGUUCUUACAAGAUAUACCCCAGAAAGGGAGAAACUUGGGCACUCUUCAAGGACUGGGAUAUUAAAUGGAACUCUGAUCCAGAGAACCAUCAGAAAUAUGAGUAUGAAUUUGUAGAAGUCCUUUCAGAAUAUUCUGAAGACUCUGGGAUUAGCGUUGCGUACUUGGGUAAGAUGAAAGGAUUUGUCAGCCUGUUUAGGCAAAUUACGAAGGAAGGGAUUCAUUCAUUUCAAAUACCUCCCAAUGAAUUAUUGAGGUUCUCCCACAGGAUACCUUCUUUCAGAAUGACUGGUACGGAAAGAGAUGAUGUUCCAGAAGGAUCUUAUGAACUUGAUCCUGCAUCUCUUCCUACUGACAUUGAAGUGUUUGCUCAAACUGAAGAUGUGAAAUUGGACAAUGGAAGUAAGGGCUCAUGUUCAAAGUUUUCCGAGGAGAAUGCAAAACCCAUGAUGGAGUCUAGAGUUCCCGAUACACAGAAAAAUAGUUCGGAUCUGAAUGAGAAAAAUGGAUUGGAAACAAAGAAUUCAGAAAACAGCAACCAGAAUCCAGUGGAACUAAAUGAAACCUUUAACAAAUCCAAUCAAGGGAAUGCAAGUCAUGGUGCAGAUGAGGAGAAGACGCAGAAGCAUCUGAACAAUGUGAAAAAUGGCAGCUUUGAUGACUUCGCUAAAGCAGGUGUAUCUACAUGUCAGGAUGAUGAGGAGAGGUAUAUAGUGGUUGAUGACACUAUUUCGGACAACACAACUGAAGAUCCUAGUUCUGCUCCUGCUUCGCCUUCAGAACCUGUUGAAAUCCCAGAGACGGAAUUCUAUGACUUUACUGACAAAUCCCCCGAAAAGUUCAAGACUGGUCAGAUCUGGGCAUUGUAUGGUGAACAUGAUGGCAUGCCUAAGUUCUAUGGCAAAAUAAAGAAAAUUAAACGUGCACCAGAUUUCAAGGUGUGUAUCACAUGGCUCGAAGCCUGUUUGCCAACAGAUAGUAUUGAGUGGACUAACAAGGAUAUGCCUGUCUGCUGUGGUUUAUUUAAGUCUAGAGGUGAUAGCGAAUAUGAUAGCACCUCUACUUUUUCCCAUCAGUUAGAAGCUAAACUUUCUAGUAAGAACAGAUAUGCCAUCUACCCUAGGAAAGGUGAGGUUUGGGCAUUGUACAAGAACUGGGAUGUCAAAUGGACAGUUUCCAAUCUGCCUGACUGCAAGUAUGAUGUAGUAGAAAUCCUUGAGCGUAAUACUUUGGGAACAAAAGUGCAGUUCUUGGUCCUGGUGGAUGGUUAUAAGACGGUUUACAAGGCUGCAAAGAAAAGAGGGUCAACCGUCACCUUGGAGAUCCCACACAGAGAAUUGCUUAGGUUCUCUCAUCAGGUUCCUGCGUUCCAGCUGACGGAGGAGAAAAAUGGCAGCUUGAGAGGCUGUUGGGAGCUUGAUCCUGCAUCAUUGCCAUUCCCCUAAAUUUGUUUGAAUUAAAAUAUGAGACGGUAAGUCUUAUCCAGGGCAUGUCCCUGGUUCAUUCAGUGUCACUUGUAGCCUGUAUCUUCCACCCUAAUGCUUGUGAAAUUUUGAAUGGUUUUUCAAAGAUCAGCUUCUGACCUUUCACAUUUUGGACCGGUGGCUGAUACUACCUGUCAACCCAGCUGAUAGUGCUGGAUGCAGAGAGCUUUCCAUAGUUGCUCCU